UCGCAACCUACCAAACUGUUGUGUUUAAAACUUAAACCGAUCUAUCAAGCAAGUGGUUCCUCUCUCUCUCUACCUCUCGUUUUUGGCCAACGUCGUCGUCUUCACGAUCCACGACGAUUCAGUUCUUGAGUUCCGGCGAUUAUCGGUCUCUCACUUCUGGUUCCGUUGAACCCCUCAUUUCUCUUCUCGCCCGUGCUCUCAAAUUCCGAUAUUUGCCCCUGUGAUUCGAAACCCUAAUUUCGCCUAUCAAUCUGGAAAAUCUCUCAAUUCGAAGACUUUAGCAGCGCAAAGAUACUCUAUCCGGGUAAUAAGAUCGAAGAAACCAUCAAUUUCUUACCAAAGUCGUGAUUCUUGGAUCUCGUCUUUGUUUGAUGGACACAAUUAGGGUUUCCAAGGAGGUUCCUGGAUCUUCGAAAUCGACCGCACAGUCGCUCACGGAGUCGACCUCUCGCACGGAAACCAUCAAUGGCUCCCACGAAUUCAAGAUCAGCGGCUACUCUUUGGUCAAAGGCAUGGGGAUUGGCAAAUACGUUGCCUCGGAUACUUUCAUGGUCGGUGGAUACUCCUGGGCCAUCUACUUCUACCCAGAUGGAAAGAGUCCAGAGGAUAAUUCUGUCUACGUGUCUCUCUUCAUAGCCCUUGCGAGUGAAGGAGCCGAUGUUAGGGCUUUGUUUGAGCUUACCCUCGUGGAUCAGAGCGGUAACGAAAGGCACAAAGUUCAUAGCCAUUUUGGUAGAACUCUCGAAAGCGGACCCUAUACUCUUAAAUAUCGAGGGAGUAUGUGGGGAUACAAACGAUUUUUCAAGAGGUCUCUUUUGGAGUCAUCGGACUAUCUGAAGGACAAUGGUCUCUUGGUCCGGUGUUGUGUUGGAGUGGUGAAGUCACGCACAGAAGGACCGAGGUGUUACAAUAUCCCGGUGCCGGUUUCUGGCUUGGGUCAGCAGUUUGGAAAGCUUUUGGAAAGUGGGAAAGGAGCUGACGUUACUUUCGAAGUUGAUGGAGAAACAUUUCCUGCUCACAAAUUGGUUCUUGCAGCACGUUCUGCAGUUUUCAGGGCACAGCUUUUUGGCCCGUUGAGAAGUGAAAAUACCAAUUGUAUAAUCAUAGAAGACGUACAAGCCCCUAUUUUCAAGGAUUUUCUGUUUACGAGUGUACAAUCCGGGACCUUCUCCUGGGGUGCUGCUCCCGUUCUCAAAUAUUACUCACCCGGGAUAAGGUUUAAUCUUUCUACUUUUCUUUUGGAUUGCAUGAUUGUCUCGAUUUCCCGCAUGCAGUAAAUACAUAGAGAAAUUAUGUUAUAGAUCAUCAUGUUCAUGUCAAAUUUUCUGCUUUUCAGCUUUGCUUUUUUUUGUUAAGAUUGGUCUUUAGUCGAUGUGCGAGUUUUAGAUCAUGGCUCCUGUAAAUUUAAGGUUGAUACAAAUUCCCUUCCUUUUGGUUUAUUGUACUUUUUUGUUGUUGUUGCAGAUGUUGCUUCAUUUUAUCUACUGGGAUGAAAUGCCUGAUAUGCAAGACUUAAUCGGCACAGACUUGAAAUGGGCAUCAACUCUUGUGGCUCAGCAUCUGCUUGCAGCUGCAGACCGUUAUGCUCUUGAGCGGCUUAGAACAAUAUGCGAGUCAAAACUCUGUGAAGGAAUCAGCAUAAAUACGGUAGCAACCACCUUGGCUCUUGCAGAGCAGCAUCAUUGUUUCCAGCUGAAAGCCGCCUGCCUCAAAUUUAUAGCUUUGCCAGAAAACCUGAAAGCUGUGAUGGAAACGGAUGGGUUUGAUUAUCUGAAGGAAAGCUGCCCGUCCCUACUAAGUGAGCUAUUGGAGUAUGUGGCUAGGCUGAGUGAGCACUCUUUAACAUCAUCAGGGCAUCGAAAGGAGUUAUUUGCUGAUGGUUGUGACUUAAAUGGGAGACGUGUGAAGCAACGGUUACAUUAGCAACUAAUUGAGAGAGAGAGAGAGAGAGAGGUCACUUCGAGAGCCUGAGAAGAUGAUGGUGAAGUAAACAGAAUUUUAGAAGAGUAAAGAUUUGUGUAUUUGUCAUUGUAAAAGGAUUAGUGGUUGAUCUGUGUUGUUCAGCUAGCUAAUAGAGUGAAAUGUUGGGUUUUUUUCUUUUCUUUUCUCUUUUGUUUUCCCAGGAUUUUAUGACCAGAACCGGUUCUCUCAAGGAAAAAGUUUCAUGUGACUUCAUUGAUAAAUUUGGACUUGCCAAAAAUCAUUGCAGAAACUGGUUCUAAUAUGUUUGAACAAAAAAGUUCACUAAGCUUUCUUAUUUGAGGUCCCAGACAAUAACCUUUUGAUAUGUCCAAUAGGACAACUAUUUAAGUCUCAACCACACAACAAAGU